AUGGCUGUGGUCACCGGUGCUCAACUGAUCGCCCGAUCGCUGCGCGAUCUAGGCGUGACCGUCAUCUUCGGCAUUGUUGGAAUCCCUGUGGUCGAGAUCGCCGAAGAGGCCAUCAACCUGGGCAUUCGAUUUGUGGCCUUUCGCAACGAACAGGCCUGCAGCUAUGCUGCCAGUGUCUAUGGAUACAUGACCGGCCGACCGGGCGUCUGUCUAGUUGUCGGAGGGCCGGGAGUUCUCCACGCGCUGGCCGGGAUCGGCAACUCCUCCGCAAACAACUUCCCAUUGCUAGUCCUCGCCGGCUCUGCUGAGACCACCGGCGUCACUAAAGGCGCAUUUCAGGAAUUGGACGCCAUCUCCCUUCUCACCCCUCACACCAAGCUUGCUGUCCGCGCCUCCUCCCUCGACUUCAUCCCCGGCGCCGUCAAGAAUGCCUACCGCACAUGCUGGUACGGCCGCCCAGGCCCGACUUUCGUCGACCUCCCCGCCGACAUCAUCCAAGGCAAAUCCUCCCCUGGAUAUCGUCUCCCCCAGCCCGAGACUCUGCUCGUCCCCUCGCCCCCAAAGGCGGGCGGAGACCCAGCCCUGAUCCUAAAGGCAUCACAGUUGCUCCGCACCGCUCGCUCCCCACUCCUAGUGAUAGGCAAAGGCGCCGCAUACGCGCGUGCAGAGCUCGGGAUCAACCAGCUCGUGGAUCAGACCCAGAUUCCAUUCCUACCCACACCCAUGGGCAAGGGCGUCGUGCCGGACUCGCAUCCCUUGAACGCAUCCAGCGCGCGCAGCGCAGCCCUAAAGCACGCCGACGUCGUCCUGAUCCUAGGCGCACGUCUCAACUGGAUCCUCCACUACGGCGAAGCACCCAAAUGGAAUCCAACGGCCAAGAUCAUCCAGGUGGACAUCUGCGCUGAAGAAAUCGGGCGCAACGCCGGGACAGCGGAGCUCGGAAUCCUAGGAGACAUCGGACUGGUCGUAGACCAACUGCUCUCUUCCCUCUCUAAUUGGACAUACUCCCCUAAUCCAUCAUCCACCAAAGACAACAAAGACACAUUCACAUCCAUCCUAACCACCUCCGCCAACCGCAACGAACUCAAAGCCCAAACCGCUGCCCUCCGCCCCACCCCGCCAAACACUCCCCUCACCUACCAGCGCGCCUACCACAUCAUCAAAUCCACCCUGAACACCCUCUCUCCCUUUGAACAAGGCAAAAUCAUCUACGUCUCCGAAGGCGCCAACACAAUGGACAUCUCCCGCUCCAUCUUCCCGCUCAACCAUCCCCGCCAACGCCUCGACGCAGGCACCUACGCCACGAUGGGCGUGGGAAUGGGAUACAUUGUCGCAGCGCAUGAAGCAUACAACGCCAUCCCUUCACCCUCAUCCACCAAACAAAAGAAAAUAGUAGCCUUCGAAGGCGACAGCGCCUUCGGCUUCAGCGCCAUGGAAAUCGAAACCCUAGCGCGGUACCGCAUCCCCGCGCUUAUCUACGUAGUCAAUAACUCGGGCAUAUAUCAUGGGGAUUCGGUGAGUGAGGAUGAUUGGAGGGUGUUGCAGGGUCAGACGGUGGGGAAUGAUACGAAAUCCGAGUCUGGUCUCCUCUAUGAAACUAGAUAUGAGAUGUUGGCGACGAUGUGUGGCGGGAAGGGAUUCUUCGUUAGGACGGAGGAGGAGUUGGAGAGGGCGACGAGGGAAGGGUUCGAGAGUAAGUGCGUUACGGUUGUCAAUGUUAUUGUGGAGCCCGGGAUUGGGAAGGAGAUUGGGUUUGCGUGGCAGGGUAAGGGCAAGGGGGAUUCUUCUACUGGUGGGAGGGAGGCGAAGUUGUAG